UCGCUUGUUGCUGUCCGCUUUUGUUUGUUUUCCCUCACAUUUCUUCAUUCUACGUUAUUUCGCGCUCUCUGUUUUGAGUGUGUUUGACAUUUAUGCUGUCAUCUGUUUAGUUUUGUUUUUCUUUGCUUUGUUUUGCGUGAUUGUUUAACUGCGUGAAAAUAUUUGGAAAUAAUCUUAUUUUGUAGUAAUUUAACUAUUGGAAUUCAUAUUAAAAUUAGUGGUUGUCGAUUGUGUGUGUAUAGAAAAAGUGUUAAAUCAUGGCUACAACACCAACAGAGUUGUCGAUUGCAGAAAUUAGAAAUUACAUGCUCAACAAUGAUUCCAAGGUGACAAAUCAUGCGUUGGUUAAGCAUUUCAAGCACUUUCUCACCAAACCCGAUACACAAAAUGAGGCGCGCAAAUUGUUUAAAGUGUAUGUUAAUGUUUUGUCGACAAUAAAAAAUGAAAACAAUCAAAAGUAUUUAAUAUUACGUAAAAAGUACAUAAAUGAAUUACCACCAGAUGAUGUCGUUCAGCGUGCAAUGGCCGCUGCGGGUACAACUACAGUGCCUGGCAGUCCUGGUGGCAUUUCGUUGCUAUCGGAAAGUGCUAUUGUAUCGCCAGUGCGACAGCCACCGCCAUAUGUGCCACCACCAGAAGUAACAACUCCCAAUAAAGAAUGUGUAUGUGCAGAUGAAGAAGUCGAAGUAGCUACUGUUACUGUAACGAGUGCAACAGCCAAAGCUGCUUUAGCUGAACAUGAAAAAACUGCACUGGCAAAGAAAAAUCCUGAAGAUGGUCAUGAAUUGGAAGUUGAGCAGCGGUUAAAAGCCAUAACGAAAGAAAGCCACCAAGAAAAUAAGGAAAAUAUACCACGUUUUUCAUUUUCAUCUGGUGGUUCGGCGACAUCACUUAGCAGCAAGACCAGUAAGGAUACCAUUGAUUCAGAUGUUGAUCCGCCUGGCAAUAAUGUAAGCGUAAAAGAGGCUACUCGUAUAUACAAUCGCUUGGUGUCAGAAGAAGAAGCAAAAGCAGCGGCUGUCUCACCAUCUACUAAAAAGAGACCGGAGGAAAAAGAAGAGUUAUGUGAAAAGUGCAGAAUCUUAAUGAGCAAAAGAUAUAAACGAAGAAAUGACCAUUAUAUGGUAGAUUUUGAAGAGCAAAUGCAGCCAACAACUUCAGUGACGAGACAUUGUACAGAUUCCGAUAGUAAUGGAACUUCAGAAGAAGAAAUCGACUUGAGCAGCUAUCAGUUUGAAUAAAGAUCUUCUAAUCUGUGUCUUUUGCUAAUAAACACAUCUGUAUGCACAUGUAUGUAUGCAAGGUGUGAUAAUGUGUAAACUGAAAAAAAUAAAUUAGAGAAAAUUUUAUGUACAUAUAUAUUCUGGCCUGAUUACCACAAUAAUAAAUUAAAAAUACAAAUUUUCGAACGCAAUGACAUAUUAACACAGCCAGACGUUGUAAAAUUUGUUGAUGGUAACUGAAGUUGAAUAUUUUACAAGCAAAUG